AUGAGUACGUCAAAGUCUGCAGGUAUCAAGCGCCAUGAUGCUUACGGAAACUUCUGGAUGGAUAUGACCAAGGCUACGUCUACUGAGACAGACACGGCUACUAUCCCGAGCGGCGUGGCCUUAUCGACUACGUAUAACGCGGGUGCAGACGGAGCGGCAGAGAGUGACGGCGACAAAGUUGGCCCAGCCCAUGCAGCCAUCAUGCUCGCGACAUUCGCCAUCAUCUUCCCACUUGGAGCUGUCCUACUCCGCUUCCUCGAAAGCGUCAAGAUACAUGGCAUUGUUCAGAGCGCAGGCGUACUUGCUGCUCUGGGUGGAGUGGGACUGGGGAUUUAUCUGAGUAAGAUGUACCAUCAUUCAAAAGACGUGACAUCCGGCCACCAAGUCUUCGGCCUGGUCCUGUUCGUCUUACUCUUCCUCCAAUGGGGUAUUGGGUUCUACCAUCAUCUCCGGUUCCGCAAACACAAACGGCCUACAAUAUAUGGGAAGAUUCAUCUGUUCGCUGGUCCGGCUAUCGUCUUGGGUGGCAUCAUCAAUGGAUUCACUGGGUUCAAUUUUAGUGGCGACCCGAAGAACAACGUCUAUUAUGGCAUUGCUGUGGGCAUUAUCCUAGCUGUCGUUCUAGUACUAUUGGUGUGGAAGAGAUGGUCAACGCGAAGGCAAAACAAGAUGGGGAGCAUACUGGAGUCAGAGGAGUCUCAGGAAGACUCAUACGGGCUGAACUUGAUCCGGGGAUCGCAUAAUACGAUUUAA